AUGCUCAACACCGCAUUUUUCUUGGACGUGUUUGGGGCCUUUCCAUUCUCAGAGGCAGAAUCUUUCUUUAAACUCUUUUGCCGAGAAGUGGGGCUGAAUAACUUCGUGGACUCGGCGGCGGCGCACAUGGGCGCCUUCAAGCUCAACCCCGGGGCCCACGACCUGUCGCCCGGGCAGAGCUCGGCGUUCAGCUCGCAGGCGCCGGUCUACCCGGCCGCCGCGCUGGGGCCGCACGCCGCGCACGUCGGCUCCUACUCCGGGGCGCCCUUCAACUCCACCCGGGACUUCUUGUUUCGCAGCCGGGGCUUCGGGGACUCGGCGCCGGGCGGCGGGCAGCACGGGCUCUUCGGGGCGCCGGCCGGCAGCCUGCACCACCCACACACGGACGCUCAGAGCCACCUACUCUUCCCGGGCAUCCACGAGCAGCACGGCCCGCACCCCUCGCAAAACGUGCUGAACGGGCAGAUGCGGCUGGGCUUGCCCGGGGAGGUCUUCGCGCGCUCGGACCAGUACCGCCAGGUCUCCAGCCCCAGGACUGACCCCUACUCCGCGGCGCAGCUGCACAACCAGUACGGCUCCAUGAACAUGAACAUGGGCAUGAACAUGGCAGCGCACCACCACCACCACCACCACCCCGGGGCCUUUUUCCGCUACAUGCGGCAGCAGUGCAUCAAGCAGGAGCUGAUCUGCAAGUGGAUCGACCCGGAGCAGCUGAGCAGCCCCAAAAAGAGUUGCAACAAAACUUUCAGCACCAUGCACGAGCUGGUCACCCACGUCUCGGUGGAGCACGUCGGCGGGCCCGAGCAGAGCAACCACGUCUGCUACUGGGAGGAGUGCCCCCGCGAGGGCAAGCCCUUCAAGGCCAAGUACAAACUGGUCAACCACAUCCGCGUGCACACGGGGGAGAAGCCCUUCCCCUGCCCCUUCCCCGGCUGCGGGAAAGUUUUCGCCAGAUCCGAGAACCUAAAAAUCCACAAAAGGACGCACACAGGGGAAAAGCCCUUCCAGUGCGAGUUCGAGGGCUGCGACCGGCGCUUCGCCAACAGCAGCGACCGCAAGAAGCACAUGCACGUGCACACCUCGGACAAGCCCUAUCUCUGCAAGAUGUGCGACAAGUCCUACACGCACCCCAGCUCGCUGCGCAAGCACAUGAAGGUCCACGAGUCGUCCCCGCAAGGCUCCGAGUCGUCCCCGGCCGCCAGCUCUGGCUACGAGUCGUCCACGCCGCCGGGCCUGGUGUCGCCCAGCGCCGAGACGCAGAGCACGGCCAACCUGUGGGAGUAUCCAGCCGCGUUUCUGGAAAGCGAGGGAUUAGAAAUAUCCAGCUGGUGCUUUUAA